UAAGCUAAGCUAUGGCAAUUUUGCAAAAUCUGAUUGAAUUCCACACCACACCCAUCAAUUUCUUCAAUUUUCCACUCAAAACCCUUUAAUUCCCAUUUCCAAAUCCAACUCCCAUGCUAUUUUCAGUUCCUCCAAACACCAAAUUUCAGCAAAAUGAGGCCUAAAACUCACCCUCCAAUUCAUCAACUUUUCAACCUCAAGACCCUCCUUUUGGCCUUGUUUCUUGCAUUUCCCCUCAUCUUUCUCUUCAAAUCUCACUUCUUUGCAAACCCAUCUCCAAAGUUUCAAUCUUUUUCACCCAAAACCCUCAAUUAUUCCACCACAAGGAAUUGCCCCCCAAAUUCUUGCAACAAAAUCCCACCUUCUUUAGCCCAUGCACUCGUUCACUAUUCUACUUCGUCUAUCAUUCCCCAACAAACCCUAAAGGAAAUCUCCGUCACCGCUGGAGUUCUCGACGAGCGGUCACCGUGCAACUUCCUCGUCUUCGGCCUCGGUCACGAUAGCCUCAUGUGGGCCACCCUCAACCACGGCGGUCGGACCGUAUUCCUCGAAGAAGACGAUUCAUGGAUCCAACAGAUACGACGCCGUUUUCCAAUGCUCGAAUCCUACCACGUCACUUACGACACCAAAGUCAACCAAGCCGACAUCCUCAUGGAUGUCGGAAAGGGACCGGAGUGCACGGCGGUUGGCGACCCGAAGUACUCAAUGUGCCAGCUGGCACUAAAGGGCCUGCCGGAGGAAGUGUACGAGGUGAAGUGGGACUUGAUUAUGGUGGACGCGCCGACGGGAUAUUACGACGACGCGCCGGGGAGGAUGGCGGCGAUUUACACGGCGGGGAUGAUGGCGAGGAAUAGGGAGGAGGGGGGAAUUACAGACGUUUUUGUUCAUGAUGUGAAUAGAGAAGUGGAAGAUAGGUUUUCCAAGGAGUUUUUGUGUAGGGGUUAUAUGAAGAAUCAGGAAGGGAGGUUGAGGCAUUUCAGAAUUCCAUCUCAUAGGGAUGAUAUGGACAUACCCUUUUGUCCAUUUUAAUCGUGUUCCGAGAAAUUAUUUGAGAAAUUGGAGCAGUGUGGUAAACUAGCAGAGAGAUGUACGAGAGGAUAUUUCUAAUCCCUAUUCCAUUUGAUAAUCA